AUGUUCUCAGUGCGGAUCGUGACUGCCGACUACUACAUGGGCAGCCCGCUGCCCGGCCUGGACCCCUGCCAGUCCCGCUUCCGAGAGGCCCCGGCCAAACGGGUGCCCGUGGUGAGAGUCUUCGGCGCCACCCCUGCAGGUCAGAAGACUUGUCUCCACUUACAUGGUAUCUUUCCUUACCUCUAUGUACCAUACGAUGGUUUUGGACAGCACCCAGAAUGCUACCUUCGUCAAGUGGCGUUCAGCAUUGACAGAGCACUCAAUGUGGCUUUAGGCAACCCAUCUUCUAGUGUUCAACAUGUUUUCAAAGUAUCAUUAGUGUCUGGAAUGCCUUUUUAUGGUUACCAUGAAAAGGAGAGACAGUUUAUGAAGAUUUAUCUUUACAAUCCUGCAAUGGUAAAAAGAGUUUGUGAGCUUCUGCAAGGUGGAGCCAUAAUGAACAAAUCUUACCAGCCUCAUGAAGCCCAUAUUCCCUACCUCCUCCAACUCUUUAUAGACUACAAUUUAUAUGGAAUGAAUUUAAUAAACCUGGCUGCUGUCAAAUUCAGAAAAGCAAGGAGAAAAGGUGACACAUCAGGUGUAAGUAAACAUCAUAGAACUCAUUUGCCAGAAAAUUCAAGCAACAUAUCUUUCACUGAAUGGGAAGAAGAUGAAAUACCAAGCUCUUUAAUGUUGAAAGGUGUUGAGCCACAAAGUACCUGUGAAUUGGAGGUGGAUGCAGUAGCUGCUGACAUUUUGAAUCAACUGGAUAUUGAAGCCCAGAUUGGCAGGAACCCUGGUUUGCAAGCUAUAUGGGAGGAUGAAAAGCAGCGACGGAGGCAGAAAUGUGAAUCUUCUCAGAUUAAGCCACCUGAGUCACAAGACCGUGGAUUUGUGCCAGCAACAGAGAGUGAAAAAUUUUUUCAGAAGAGACUUAAAGAAAUUCUCAAGCAAAAUGACUUCUCUGUAACAUUGUCAGGAUCAUUGGACUACAGUAAUGGAUCAGAGGAGUUCUCUGCUGAGCUAACACUACAUUCUGAGGUACUUUCUCCUGAAGCCUUUCCGUGUACACCAGCUAAUACAGUAGAAGUGCAUGAUGAUAAACAGAUGAGCAAAGACUCCAAUAGGAUGCAUACUGAUAAAGAAGACGAAGCACUUAUUAAUGAGGAAGCAAUUUUAAACAUUGUGGAGAACAGUCAGAGCUUUCAGCCUUUGUCUCAAAGACUGAAUCAGACUACAGUUUUUAUGGGCAGUAGUGCUGAUGAGGCCAUGAUUGAUCUGUUGGCUGGACUGGAGAAUGAUGGAUAUCAGAUGGGACAUCAAAAAACACUCUCUCACCAUCGUUCUCUUGGAAGCUGGCGAAAUUCUCAGAACAGUGAUGAUGAAGAAAAUGAGCCACAGUGUGAGAAAGAAGAAAUGGAACUUAGCUUGCUGAUGUCCCAAAGGUGGGACAGUAGCAUGGAAGAGCCUGGGCAAAAAAGGAGGUCAGCUGGCAGAAAUAUGCAUCGAAGUUCAACAGAAGAGGAUUCGUCUUCGGAGGAAGAAAUGGAGUGGAGCGGUAACAAUAUGCUCCUAACUAACCUCUCAAUACCUCAGUUAGAUGGAACUGCAGAUGAAAAUGGUGACAAUCCUUUGAACAAUGAAAGUUCUCGAACUCACUCCUCCGUCAUUGCAACAAGCAAAAUGUCUGUAAAGACCUCAAUCUUUCACAAAGAUGCUGCUACACUAGAACCCCCAUCUUCUGCUAAAAUUACUUUUCAGUGUAAACACACAAGUGCCCUUUCUAACCAUGUUUUGAAUAAUGAAGAUUUUGUAGAAGACCUCUCACAACCAAACACAGAAACAAGACCUGAACUUUCGGUCCAUUCUCUUACAAAAGAAAGCACUUACUCAGCCAAGUACCCAACUCCAUUCAGCAAUAGUACCCAUGCAGAAAACUCUCACAAAGAGAGUAACAAGAAAGAUACUCUCCCAGUUCCUUCAUGUGGAAAUAAUAUUUUCGACUAUGAAGAUGAUAUUUCAUCAGUGAACAGACCAAUACCUAGUAGGAAGUACAUUAGCAUUAGAAAGGCUGAAAAGGAUGUCUCUUUUAUGCAUGUGGGCCGCCAUAUUGGUGACAACAUGUUGAAUAAAAAUUUAUAUAACUUCACUGAUAUGAGCCACUCCAAAGGUAAAAUAUCCUCUGAAGUAAAUGAAAAAUCUGGCAGUGCAAAUAUAAAUAGUUUUUUUCCAGCAACAGCUACAGAAAAUUGUGAAUUGGUAUCUUGUUCAGGAGGCAGUCGAACUGUGGUACAUUCACUUGAAAAUAACACUGAUGAAGGUGGCCUUAAUAAGCUUAAAAUUAGGUAUGAAGAAUUUCAGGAGCACAAGGCAGAAAAGCCAAGCCUCAGUCAGCAAGCAGCACAUUAUAUGUUCUUUCCUAGUGUUGUUCUUUCUAAUUGUCUCAGUCGACCACAGAAGUUAGCUCCCGUGACGUACAAAUUACAGCAGGGCAACAAACAGUCCAGGCUGAAACUGAAUAAAAAGAAGCAUAGUUUUAUCAAUCGUCAGGAGCCUGCAAGUGUGAAUGAUGUUGCAUCAGUGAAGGAAGGCUGCUAUACACAAGGUAAUGCUUGUAGUAACAUUCCUGAUAAGGAUAGUGCUUUACCUAGUGACUUAGUUCAAGUUCCUCUUGAGGCUUUUGAAAACAAAAUGCCUACAAGUACUGCUAAUUACACUGACUGCCAGUUUGCAGAUGGAUCUCUUGAAGCUGAGCAGUCAUUUGGACUGUGUGGGAAUAAGUACACGCUCCGAACGAAACGGAAGGUAAAUUAUGAGACUGAAGACAGUGAAUCGAGCUUCAUCGCACACAACUCAAAAAUUAAUCUACCUCAACCAAUAGAAAGUGUUGAAAGUUUGGAUGGGUCUCAGAAGUCUCGAAAGCGUAGAAAACUUUCUAAAAAAUUGCCACCCGUUAUUAUUAAAUAUAUUAUCAUCAAUAGAUUUAGAGGGAGAAAAAAUAUGCUUGUUAAAUUGGGGAAAGUAGAUUCUAGUGAGGAAAGAGUAGUACUCACAGAGGAAAAGAUGAAUUUAUAUAAAAAGCUUGCACCUUUAAAGGACUUUUGGCCAAAAGUUCCCGACUCUCCUGCAACCAAAUAUCCUAUUUAUCCACUGACACCAAAGAAAAGUCACAAAAGGAAAGCAAAGCAUAAGUCAACCAAGAAAAAAGCUGGAAAACCACAAAAAACAGGUAGUACAAAUAUUAAAAGAACUUUAUCUUUCAGAAAAAGGACUCAUACAAUUCUUUCUCCUCCUUCGCCCUCCUAUAGUGCUGAAGCUGAAGACUGUGACUAUAAUUAUAGUGAUGUUAUGUCUAAGUUAGGUUUUCUUUCUGAGAGAAGCACAAGCCCAGUAAACACAUCUCCACCUCGCUGCUGGUCUCCCACUGAUCCAAAAGCAGAAGAAAUUUUGACUAACCUGGACAGAGAAGCUUUAUUUAGUAGGGGGCCCAAUAUCUACAACAGCAAGACUGUUAAUACUAGUGUAGGAAAAACUAGUAGAGCAAAAACUCAGGUUAAGAAAUGUAAAAAGAAAUUUGCUAGCCCCACUGUAUCUACCAAGAAAAAGAAAAAGAUUAAUCAGGUUGAUAAAACACCAGAUGAUGGAAAGAAGAAACCUAGAACAAAACAAAAAAUGGCUGAAAAAGCGUCCUCAAGAAAACGCGUUGUAUUUAAAGAUGAAAAAGAAAGUAGUCGCUCUACUACAGAAGUCAAGUUUGUGCUGAAGCAUCAAGAUCCUCAUGAGAUUUCUUACAACUCUGUCUGCUCUCAGCCACUUCACAACCUCAAAGACAGUCCUCUUCCUGGCUAUUCAGCUGGAUAUCUGCCAUCAGCACAGCUCCCUUCAGCUGAUGCACAAGGUAGUUCAUCGGGCUGUUUUCACUCACUGAUGGAAAUGGAUAAGCCUGUAGAUGCACAGUGUUUGCCUGCUCCACGGGAAGACCCUCAUGCAUCUUUCACAUCUACUCCCACAGCAUCUGUAAGGGAAGUACCAAAAAUGAGUUCUCAAAGGUCCAGGACUCAGAGUGCCAUAUUUAGAAUGAAGGAUUCUGCUCUCAUUCAAAACAUAUUUGAUCCAUCUAAUCACUCAACGCACAUAACACAGAAUGCUCAUAUCUCAAAAGAUAAGAGUUCUCCAAAAGCAGAAGAGAUAAAAAAUUUGCAAGUGAGAUAUUUGCCACCAGCUGGGAAAUUAAGUGAAACUCGUGACUCUCUGGACACAGCAAAGAUGGAUCAAUUACGUACCACUAACUAUUUGCAUUGUAAAGACAAUAGUCAACAGCAGAUUUUUUGUUUACCAGAGGCGUCCAAGCAUUCUGAUCCUUGUUCUUCUAUUAAGCCAUCUGAGGAAAAUCCUGGGCCACUUCAACUGCCUAAAAACUGUUUUGUAACAUCUUUGAAGAGUCCAGUGAAACAGUUAAAUUGUGAUCAAAACCAGAGAGGAUUUAUUUUGGAUAUGUCACAUUUUAAACCAGAAACCAUAAAACAAAGGCCUCUGUCAGAAACAACCAUGCAACCAAAACCCAUCUCCCAGUAUAAAAACAGGAAUAUAGUGGCCCCAUCAACAUUUGGUGAAGGACAGUCUGGUCUGGCUGUUUUGAAAGAGUUGCUCCAGAAGAGACAGCAGAAAGCUCAGAAUGCCAGUAUUGCACAGGAGCCAUUGCCAGACAAAACACAGCUGAGCAAGGGCAUACCAUGCCCUCUUGAACAGAAUAAAGCCAUCAAAAGGUCACGGCCAGUCGCAUCAUCAAGAAAAUCUCGUUCUCCCAGGAGCACAAAACCUAAAGAAAAAACAGCAAAACUUGCAAAAAAGGAGUCUUCAAGCCAGCCAAUUACUAAUCGCAUUGAUCAUUCUGUAUCUAAUGACAGCCCCAUUUUUUUUUCAGACCCUGGUUUUGAAAGCUGUUAUUCACUUGAAGACAGCUUAUCUCCAGACCACAAUUACAACUUUGAUAUUAACACUAUAGGGCAAAGUGGAUUUUGCAGUUUUUAUUCUGCAAGCCAGUUUGUCCCAGCAGAUCAAAAUUUGCCCCAGAAAUUCUUGAGUGAUGCAGUUCAGGAUCUUGGUUCUGGACAAACAACAGAAGGUGAUUUUCUAUGUCAUAAUGACCAAAAAUCUGAGGAAGAAAAGCAGCAUUCUUCAAGCACAAAUAAAUGGAUAAGGUCUGGUUCCCUGAGCCCUGAACUUUUUGAGAAGACCUCACUAGAUAAUAUUGAGAACCACUGCCAUAGUCAAUGGAGGAAAACCAUUCAAUCUUCAACUUCUAGAUCUAGUUUUAUUGAUACCUCUUGUACCCAAGAGACUGAAGUCUGUUUAAAUGAAAAAUUCAAAUUGAAUAGAAAUACGGUAAAUAAAGAGAGAUUUCUUAAUCUUUCUCAGCCGACCUGCUCAGACUGGAUUCAAAGCCAGAUUAGAAAAGAAACCACUUUUGAACCCUGUCAACCACUUGAUUCAGUUAAUACCUCUUUUACAUCCUUAUUGUCAUCACCUGAUGGUGAACUUCUAGAUGCAGCUUCUGAGGAUUUAGAAUUACAUGUGUCAAGAAACAAUGAAGCAUUAACUCCAACUCCAGAUAGUUCCCCAAGAUCAACCAGUUCUCCCUCACAAUCAAAGAAUGGAAGCUUUACACCUCGUACUGCUCACAUUCUUAAGCCUCUCAUGUCCCCACCCAGUCGUGAAGAAAUCAUGGCAACUUUGGUGGAUCAUGAUCUGGCAGAAACAGUUUAUCAGGAACCGUUCUGCAGCAAUCCUUCAGAUGCUCCAGAAAAGCCAAGGGAGAUUGGAGGGCGGCUUCUCACAGUGGAAACCAGACUUCCAAAUGACCUCCUCGAGUUUGAGGGGGACUUCUCAUUAGAAGGUCUACGACUCUGGAAGACUGCAUUUUCAGCAAUGACAGAAAGUCCUAGACCCGGAUCUCCUCCUCAUUAUGGUCACUCUACUGUUAAUAAAAGAGAAAGUAAUAGCCAUAAAACUAGUGAAGACAAAAAAAUAGUCAUAAUGCCAUGCAAAUGUGCUCCAAGCCAACAGCAAGUUCAGAUAUGGCUUCAUGCCAAAGAAGAGUAUGAACAUUUCAAGAAAUUGCCUAAGAGUCAUCCUGCUGAGCAGGCAAAGGCAGAUGAGAAUAUCAACUCUGCAGUAUUGUCUGAAGAGAAAUCUAUAGAAGUAAUAAAAGUAGCUAAAGAUUUGGAUUUGUCUAGCCUGGAAGAUGAAAGACCUAUUGUGCCUACAAAAAAUUCUCCUGCCUCCGUGGCAGAAAAUACAAAAACUCCAACCAAGGAGACCUGUGAUAAGUCUAUAAGCACCAUAGGAACUUCUGUAAAUACUAAAAAUGACAUAGACUCUAAUAAAACUUCAUGUGCAAGCAAGACACACACUACUUCAACUCUAGAACACGAUAAGGAGGAGGAGGAGGAGGAGGAAGAUUAUUAUGUCAGUUACAGUUCUCCAGAUUCUCCAGUGCUUCCUCCUUGGCAACAGGUGGCAUCUCCAGAUCCUAAACAGUCCAGUUUAGAAGACACAGAGUGGAAAAAUCAGGAUAUUAUUUUGUCUUCUGUGGAAGGAAAUGAUGUUGGAAGUGUACAAAAUUCUCCAUGCACCCAGGAGAACAUUCAGACAUCCUUUGACACGUCUCCAUUUCCACUUAAUGAAGAUCCUGGAAAUUCUGAAUCAGUUUGUCUACACAGUACACCCAUUGUGCACCGAAAAAAACAAGAUGGAAUACCUGAAGUUCUUGGUUUUACACCUUUAUCUGCAGAACCAAAAGCUCAGAAACUGAGCCAGAAGAGGGGAAGUAAUACUGAUGGUCUUCGAAGAGUACUUCUAACUACACAAAUGAAGAAUCAAUUUGCUGCCCUCGGUGCUCCAAAGAAAGAGACUUCCCAGAUUGAAGGACCGUCUUUAAAUAAUACUUAUGGUUUUAAAGUCAGUGUGGAAAACCUCCAGGAAGCAAAAUCUUUACAUGAGGUCCAGCACCUUACCCUCAUCAGCAUGGAGUUGCAUGCUCGAACAAGACGAGAUUUGGAACCAGAUCCAGAGUUUGAUCCGAUCUGUGCUUUGUUCUACUGCAUCUCAUCAGACUCAGCCCUGCCAAAUACUGACAAAAAAGAAAUCACUGGUGCUAUAGUGAUUGAUAGAGGCAGGACGCUCUCAAGCCAAGGGAGCAGAGACCAAGCCCCCUUGCUUACAAGAUCUGGAGUUACAGGACUAGAAGUCAGUUACGCUACUGAUGAAAGAACUCUUUUCCAGGAAGUAGUGAAUAUUGUAAAAAGAUAUGACCCAGACAUUUUGCUAGGCUAUGAAGUCCAGAUGCAUUCCUGGGGUUAUCUCUUACAGAGGGCUGCGGCACUGAAUGUUGAUUUAUGCCAGAUGAUUUCUCGUGUGCCAGAUGAAAAUAAAGAGAACAGAUUUGCCACCGAGCUGGAUGAAUAUGGAGCAGAUACAAUGAGUGAAAUAAAUAUUGUUGGGCGAAUUGUCUUGAAUGUAUGGAGAAUGAUGAGACAUGAGGUGAAUCUAACGAAUUACACUUUUGAAAAUGUGGGCUUUCAUGUGCUUCAUCAUCGUUUUCCUUUAUUUACGUUCCGAGUUCUGUCUGAUUGGUUUGACAAUAAGGCAGAUGUCUACAGAUGGAAAAUGGUUGAUCAUUAUGUUAGCCGGGUUCGUGGGAAUCUCCUGUUGUUAGAAAAACUGGAUUUGAUUGACAGAACAAGUGAAAUGGCAAGACUUUUUGGCAUUCAGUUCUUACAUGUAUUAACAAGAGGCUCCCAGUACCGUGUGGAGUCGGUGAUGCUGCGCAUUGCGAAGCCCAUGAACUACAUUGCUGUGACUCCCAGCGUCCAGCAGCGAGCUCAGAUGAAAGCCCCACAGUGUGUUCCCUUGAUCAUGGAGCCAGAGUCCCGCUUCUACAGCAACGCUGUUCUUGUCUUGGAUUUCCAGUCCUUGUAUCCUUCCAUUGUCAUAGCAUACAACUACUGCUUUUCUACCUGCCUGGGACAUGUUGAGAACUUAGGAAAGUAUGAUGCAUUCAAAUUUGGCUGUACAUCUCUGAGAGUACCUCCUGAUUUACUCUACCAGAUUAGACAUGAUAUCACAGUGUCACCCAGUGGAGUAGCUUUUGUCAAGCCUUCAGUAAGAAAGGGUGUGCUGCCAAGGAUGCUGGAAGAAAUCUUGAAGACCAGGAUAAUGGUGAAACAGUCAAUGAAGGCUUAUAAGCAUGACAAGGCUGUGACUCGAAUGCUUGAAGCUCGUCAGUUGGGUCUUAAAUAUAUAGCUAAUUUUACUUUUGGCUAUACUGCUGCUAAUUUUUCUGGAAGAAUGCCAUGCACUGAGAUUGGAGACAGCAUUGUUCACAAAGCCAGAGAAACAUUGGAGCGUGCCAUUAAACUGGUGAAUGAUACCAAAAAAUGGGGUGCUCACGUUGUAUAUGGUGAUACAGACAGCAUGUUUGUACUCUUGAAAGGAGCCACAAAGGAGCAGUCUUUUAAGAUUGGUCAAGAAAUUGCUGAAGCUGUAACAGCAACAAAUCCCAAGCCUGUUAAACUGAAGUUCGAAAAGGUCUACUUGCCAUGUGUCCUGCAGACUAAAAAGAGGUAUGUGGGUUACAUGUAUGAAACACUGGACCAGAAGGACCCAGUAUUUGAUGCAAAAGGCAUAGAGACAGUCCGAAGGGACUCCUGUCCUGCUGUUUCCAAGAUACUUGAGUGUUCUAUCAAGCUGCUAUUUGAAACACGGGACAUAAGUCAGAUCAAGCAGUAUGUUCAGAAUCAAUGCAUGAAGUUACUGGAAGGAAAAGCCAGCAUGCAGGACUUCAUCUUUGCAAAAGAGUACAGAGGGAGCUCAGCAUACAAACCUGGAGCCUGUGUACCUGCUCUGGAAAUCACCAGGAGGAUGCUUGCCCACGACCGCCGCUCCGAGCCGCGCGUCGGGGAGCGCGUGCCCUACGUCAUCGUGUGCGGCAUGCCCGGCCUGCCCCUGAUCCAGCUGGUGCGCCGGCCCCUCGAGGUGCUGCAGGACCCCAGCCUGAGGCUCAACGCCACCUACUACAUCACCAAGCAGAUCCUGCCCCCCCUGGCCAGGGUCUUCUCGCUCAUUGGCAUAGACGUCUUCAGCUGGUACCACGAGCUGCCCCGCAUUCAGAAGGCUGCCUCAGCUGCCUGCACUGAGCUCGAAGGACGCAAAGGCACCAUCUCCCAGUAUUUCACGACCUUACACUGUCCUGUGUGUGAUGAACUGACCCAGUAUGGGAUCUGUAAUAAAUGCAGAAGCCAGCCACAGCAUGUGGCAGUGAUUCUCAACCAAGAAAUCCGAGAGCUGGAGCGUAAACAGGAGCAGCUGGUCCAGAUAUGCAAGAACUGCACAGGCUGCUUCGAUCGGCAGAUCCAGUGUGUCUCCCUCAACUGCCCAGUGCUUUUCAAGCUCUCCAGAGUGAGCAGAGAACUGUCAAAGGCUCCCUAUCUCCGCCAGCUGCUUGACCAGUUUUAAAUGAUCUGUGUUACAGGAUCCCAGGUGCUAUUUUUUUUUUCUUCAGUGUUUACCACACUAAGACUAUUGUGCAUGGUGCUUUUUCAAUUCUCACCUAGUCCAGGAUUUCCAUUUUACCUGUUGGGUUUAUUAUCUGAAGAACAAUGAACACUUACCAUAACUAAAUUGGAAAAAAAAAAACCCAACCCAUUUGUUGGUCUAUGAAUAGCUCACUUUUUAAGAUGUAAAAAUUUCUUCUUCCUUUCAUGUUUCUAACAUACUGUUUUAUAAUGCUGAUGUUGAAAUAGCUCUGUGUAACAUCUUGUAAAUCCAUUUCAAAGUAGAAGUCAAGUUUACUUCCUGGAGGAAGGAGCACUGAAAACCUCUUGAAAUGAUAAAACCAUUCGUGUGUGUUCUUGAACUGUCAGUAUCAAGACGUGUUACUUAUAUAUUCUCCAUUCACUUUAUAAUUUUGUCUGCGAAAUAUUUUGUAAAUACACUUUUUUACUUUUCAAACAACUGAGUAAAAUAAUGUGCAAUGACUUUUAUACAGAUAAUUUUAAAGUUGGUUGGUAUAUCUCCUCCUAAGUUUUGCUUGAUUCCAAGUAGAUUGUUAUUUUGAUCAGACUGUGCAAGCAGUAGUACCAUGUGUAGCAUUUUGAAACAUUAUUUUCUAAAAAUUGCUGUCUUGCUUUAGCUAUUAAUGGGGCAUUGUGAGGAACUGUGCAAAGACAUUUUUGUUACAAACCUGUGGGACUGUUGCAAUACUUUAAAUAUAAAAUUUUAUUCCAUUUUUGCUUGUUUUGUAUAGACAUUUCUAUUGCUUCUAAAUAUGCUUAAAAUAUUUUCUUUCCUUACGUACUGUACAGUUAAAUCUUAUUUGCCACCAUCUUGACAAAAUGUGUAUUUAGAAUAUUUGUAUAACUGUAUAAAAUGGAAAAGGAAUUAUGUGGUCAGUGCAUUGUUUUCUAAACUGGAAAUCAUUUCGUUUUAGAAGUUAAUAAUGGAAACCAUAUUAAAGUUGAAUAAAAUGAUAUGGUAAAAAAUUAUUCGGGUUUUUUUAAUAUUUACCCUCAAUUUGUUUCCUUCUCUGGCAUACACAAUAAUGUAAAAACAAGACUGCUCAAAUCAAAGUUAAGAAUCCAGCUUAAACUUUGGGAUCUAAAACAUCAGUAGAAGUUCUUGGAGGCCUUCCCCAAACCAGAAGAGAACCAUUUCAAGUUUUCCAUUUGUCAGAAAAGGAUCAAGUUUUAAAUUUAAAAGUCCAGAGAAGGUUUGAAAAAUAGAAAAAAACUUUAUUUACAUCAAGGAACCUGAGUGCCUUCUCCAGAUAAGAAUUUAUUACAGUCAAGAUACCAGUCAGUGUAUUAAAUGUCACAUUACACAGUACAAUGUAAAACCCACACCAAGCAGAAUAAAAACCUGUUACAUAUAUAAUAGAAAAUCCACAGAUUACGAUGCACUUGUAUGCAAAGUAACUCUAAAAAAACAAAACAUCAAGGCAUAAAACUUUGCCUGGUCUUGCAUUCAAGCAUUGGUCACGUACAGAAUAAAAGUGCAAAUGCCAGAAGUAAGUGCUUGUAGUACAGUCCAGCACUUGGCAGUGCCUCGGCAUAAAUAAAGUAUGACACUUAGCUGCAAGAGAUUGCCUUUCACACUGGAGCAGAGCACUCAUCUUCAAACUAUUCCUGGGUUUGUGGACAAAAAUAGGAUUCUUAUCAAAUUCAGGUAUCUAAUUCAUGGAUUAAAGCUGUUGUCCUCAACAGAGGGAUGGCUUUUCUAGCAUAAGCAGGGCAAUAGUAAUGUAAUAGUUACUCCAAGUAAUUUCAACCCCCAACAUGUAAGUACUUGAGCUUUCUGGAGGACCUGUAACUUAAAAUAGAUCUGUAUUGUAAAUAGAUCCUCACUUCAGCUGUAGAUGCCAGGAAGCAAUUUACUAUGAAAGGAAAUUUAAACAUGAGAAAAACUAAUAUUCAUUGUCUGAAAACAAGCCUUGAGGAACACAAAAGCCAAGAGCAGGGAGCUAAGCCUUGGCCAUCGAGGGUGCCUAGAAUUGAUAUGAGCUGGACUCAUCCUUGGAAAUGUCCUAGAUCUUGUUUCAAACUUAAAUUGCUUCAAGCACUUUAUUUUCAGUCAAGGGCAGCCCCUGCUAUUUAAAAGCAGGCUGGUUAGGAGAUAAGGAGAACCCUUUCUGUCUGUCUAUCCCAGGUCAAGUUCAAGACCAGAACUAAGACACUGUAGGCUCCAAGUCCUCAUUAAGAUGACUGAAUAAAUUUAGGCAGGUCUCCACACAUCAGUGGAAAGUGAUUCUACAUAGAUAAUUCUUCAGAUUGUCUUACAGCCACUGCUUUUUGCAUCCUUUAUUUGUGGGAAAAGGCUGCUCUUACCUUGGUAUUCCAGCCUGUCGCUCCAUUCCUACUACACAGGCCUCCUGCUUUUUAAGGAGGAAAUGGGGAUGAAUUCAAGUUACUCACACAGGAGUUAAUACAGGCAGGAAAAAAUAAAAUAAAUUUUUGUUUUGUGGAAUAUUUUGACAUAUGCUGGGAUGACGCUUGUCAGAAACACAAAUAAGUGUAUAUAUGCAGUAGAUAAGCUUCUAAGAGAUUACAGCAUAUUUCCCAAUGCAGCUUUGAUUUCAUUUUCUGGGUUUUUUUAGUACUUGAUUAUGCAAACAGUUUAAAGUAAACUAUCCAUGUAAACUAUCCCUGAAAACAGUCUUACAUGUAGGACAUUGCAAUCUGGAAUUUCAUCAAGAACUUAUCAUAUAAAGUGGGGGAGUUUAGAAUCUUCCUGGUUUCCCAGUAUCUUUCCUAAAAUAAUUUUCUUCUGGCACCAUGAUCUCGAGUAUGGGGAAACUUUUUUACACCGACAUCACUACAGAUGAAUCCAGGGGGAUGGCAGGUCCAGCAGGAGCUGCCACAGAACAGUUUCUGCAUCUUUCAUUGUGUGUCCUGCACCUUCUCCCUGCCCCUCCACCAGUGGGAUUUGCCCUCACCCUCAGCUGACACCCCCUACUUGCCACACAUAUGGAGCAGCGUGCAGGAGGAAAAAUGGGAAGAGGAAACACGGUGCAAUGCAGGCUCCAGCUGCCCCCAGUCCAUCCCCUCUCUCUGCCUAACACAGUGUUUGCUUCCACGUCAAACCAGCAAAGCACACAGGGCCACACAGACUCACUCCUGUCCCCUGUGGCCAGGCCAGCACUGGGGCUGGCAUUCACCAUUCCUGUAAGCAAAGUGAAACAAGGCUUCACUUGAAAGUGCAGGUUCAUGCAUGGCACUGGAAAAAGAUGCUACAGAAGGAAUCCAUCAAGAACACAGUGGCAUUUAAGUGCCAGCAGCAGAAAGAGAGGGAGGCUCUGCAACAUGGCAAGCUAUUAACAAAAAAACUACAAGUUGAUUCUGGCUUCUUAUUAACUACUCAGAAGAAAAGAAAAAGCCAUUCAAGCCUAGGUUGCAUAUUUGAAGGACAAGAGAGGGAAGAAAAGCAGAGCUGGAAAUCCAGGGAACAUCUAACAUUCUGUGCUAUGUUACACCCAGAGCCCUUUUCUUACUAAAUGAAACCUCUUAGCAAGAAAAAUACUAAUAAAAGUGAGAAGUUAAAAACCCCAAACAAGAGUACAUUCUUAUCACACAGACUUAAAAAAUCCUUAACUGUUUUGGAGUUCCAAGCUGACAAAUUGCAAGAUUACUGUUCAAAGACAGAUUUUGCCAUUUACUGCUACUUUUUGCUCUUACUGGGAGGUCUCCCUGGCUGCACCUGCCCAGGGUUUCCUGCUUAGCACCAAUGAACCUUCACAUACAAACCACUGCUUCUCCACUAGGGAGAGUCCAUCUUCAUGUCAUCCCCCAAA